GUCCGUCUCGAGAUCACCAUUCCUGCGCUGCACCGGCUGCCUCCUUCCUCUCUGCAGCUGUCUCCUUCGCCUCCGAUGACCUCGACGCCGGCGAGCCUCGGUGCACUGGGGAACUCGGGACCUGUUGCGCUCUCGUUCGCGACCAACCCCUUCGGCAACUUCCUAGGCGGUUCAGCUUCCAGUGGCAGCGGGGGAACCGGGCUGUCGAAAUUCAAGGCCAUGACCCCAUCUUCCCUCCCGCUCUCGCACCCGCCACCGUCGCCGUCGUCGUACUUCAACGUGGCCUCCGGAUUCCUCGACUCGCCGAUCCUCCUGACGCCCAGCUUAUUCCCGUCGCCGACGACGGGCGCGUUCCCGUCUGAGCCCUUCAACUGGACGGGGACCCCGGAGAACCUGCAGGAGAGCGUCAAGGAUAAGCAGCGGCAACACUCUGACUUCACGUUCCAGACGGCGGCCGCGGUGCCAGCUACAAUGACCGGAGCCACGCAGACGGCGCCCUUUCCGCAGUCGUCCAUGCUGAUGGCGCCAUUGGGAGGAUUAGGAGACUCGUACAACGGCGAGCAGCAGCAGCAGCAGCCAUGGAGCUACCAUGAACCGGCCAUGGACUUCAGCACGCCAUUCGAGGCGACUUCGUCGGGCAACCUCGCGGCGGCGACGCAGCCCGACAUGCUCGGGAGCGGCGUCUACAACGCGGUGUCCGGCUUCCGCGAGCAGUGCCGGCGGUCGUCGGAUGACGGCUACAACUGGCGCAAGUACGGGCAGAAGCAGAUGAAGGGGAGCGAGAACCCGCGCAGCUACUACAAGUGCUCCUUCCUCGGCUGCCCAACGAAGAAGAAGGUGGAGCGGUCGCCGGACGGGCAGGUCACGGAGAUCGUGUACAAGGACACGCACAACCACCCCAAGCCGCAGAACACGCGCCGCAGCGCCAGCUCGGCGUCGGCGUCGUACGUGCUGCGGAGCGCCAACGAUGCGGCGGCGGAGCAUUCAUUCGGCGCGCUCUCCGGGACGCCCGAGAACUCGUCGACGUCCUUCGGGAACGGGGACGACGAGAUCAACGGCGUGAGCUCGCGGAUGGUCGGUGACGACGGGUUCGAUGACGAUGAACCGGACUCCAAGAAAUGGAGGAAAGACGGUGACGGCGAGGGGAUCUCGGCGGCCGGCAACCGGACGGUGCGGGAGCCGAGGGUCGUCGUGCAAACGAGGAGCGACAUCGACAUCCUCGACGACGGCUACCGGUGGCGCAAGUACGGGCAGAAGGUCGUCAAGGGCAACCCAAACCCGAGGAGCUACUACAAGUGCACAACGGCCGGGUGCCCGGUGCGGAAGCAAGUGGAGCGCGCGUCCCACGACGCGCGCGCGGUGAUCACGACCUACGAGGGAAAGCACAACCACGACGUGCCCCCCGCGCGCGGGAGUGCCUCGCUCUAUCGCGCUGCGCCACCGGCUGGACCAACGGCGCAGCCGGCCGCGAGCUACCAGAGCCACGGCGCGUUCGGCGUCGACGCCGCGCCGAUGUGGGCCGCGGAGACCGGCGGCGGCUUCGCCUUGUCCGGGUUCGGCAACACCAUGGGGGCGUCGUACCCUUACACGAGCCAGCAGCAGCAGCAGCAGAGCGACGCGAUGUACCACGCCCCAAGAACCAAGGACGAGCCAAGAGACGACAUGUCGUUCUUCGAGCAGCCAUUGCCGUUCUGAGCGAAUGAACCACUGCGAAAUCCAUUGGCAAGAAAUUAUAUGGUCAAAUUUAGGAUUCUUUUUAACUCGUGGAGAUUGUCAUGGUGGUUUGUUGAUUUGUUUGGAGGCCCCAGCCGUGCAGAAAUCUGCAGAAGUGGCAACCUCCCUUAACAUUUUGUAGUUUGUACAAGAAAUGCAGUAGAGGUUGGGCUACGAAAUAAGACUGUCCAAGAUUUUCAGCAGUUUGACUGCAUUUUUUCCAAAGGAAAUUUAUUUUAUGUACUCACAUCUUAACAGAUAAAACAAACUGAAUGUUCAGUUCA